GCUGCCGCGAAGGGCAUGUUGAAGGACCCAGCGGAAGCCAAGGCUGCCGAGAAGGGCAUGGUGAAAGCGACCGAAGAAGCCAAGGCCGUGGUUGAGGAAGCGGGCCAUGGACAAAGCGGCUCCGAGGCAGCUGCGGAGCAGGGCCACAAAAGUUUUUGGGUGGAGCCCAGCGGUUCUUCAGGACCGGAUGCUUCGUGGAUGGGGCCACUUUCUGCACGGGAGGUUUUGAAGCUCGCCGAGGCCCAGACACUCGGUCCGGAGGGGCUCGUCUGGGGCCUCGAAACGGAUGCGGUGGGGCCACCUUCUGACGCGCGUGGGGCGCAGCCGCUGUGGCAGUGCCUGCCGGACCUCGGCAAUCAGCUUCGUCGGGCGUCUGAGAUCCAGCUGCGCCAGCAGCUGGACCAGCGCUUCAAAAAAGCUCCCCGACAGGAAGAUGCCACCGACAUUUUGCCUGGCAAAGGGUGA